AUGCGGCAGGACAGCACGAUUGAGCCUCCGUACGCCAAUGGCACCAACGUCAAGGUAUUUCAUCAUCUGAUCCUCUGUGAAAGUCUCUGCUGGGUCCAUAACACCCAGUUCAGCGUUGUGUAUGACCAUGUCGAUCCGUCCUCACUCCCCCAUGACCUUUUCGACAGCCGCAUUGACAGGGCCUGUGCCGGUAAUAUCGAGAAGCACCGUACGAAGCUCGACCCGGUUCUCUUGGGCAAAGUUUCGAGCAGCGGCCAGCUGUUGGGUAUCGAAUUGGCAGUCAAAACCGGCCAAUGCGCUAAUGAUGAUAAUCGCUUCUCCGCCCACGAAGAUGAAAUUUCAGGUGAGUGA